CACUUCCCAUAAUCCCCUGCUUCAAGGGCGCUUCCUGACCGCUUCCCCGCAAACGCGCGCUACUCUGCACAGGCACACGCAGAAACGGACGUUCGAGCGCACCGAAUGAGCUUCUGUUUAAACUCGGUUAACUUACGACACCACCAUUGUCCUUUUCAGAAUGCCAAAGUCAAAGGAAGUGUUGUCUUCUACCUCGGGCAGUGACUCUGACAGUGAAGUUGAUACGAAGGCCAAGCGAAAGAAGCAUGCAACACCCGAGAAGCCAUCAAAGAAACAAAAAAGUGGAGAAACCUCAACAGUGUCAUCUGCGUCCAAAAACAGCAGCAGCAAAAAUGACAAUAUGUUCCAGAUAGGAAAGAUGAGGUAUGUGAGUGUUCGGGAUUUCAAGGGAAAAGUGCUGAUUGAUAUCCGGGAAUACUGGAUGGACCAGGAAGGUGAAAUGAAACCAGGCCGGAAAGGUAUUUCACUGAACCCAGAGCAGUGGAACCAACUAAAAGAACAGAUGAGUGAGAUUGACGACGCUGUGAGGAGAAUAUAAGACCUGCCUGCAGUUCACUAGUAACCUGGAUGCUUUUUAAACACAGAUUGUUGCUCUGCAGUUCUGCUUCUGUUGCACUUCAAAGCCCAAACACAGUAUCUACAUUUUCUCUGAAUCAGCCAAGGGACAGAUCAUAGUCUUAGAUACCUGUCAUAAGUCUGACAAAUGUGUAAUGCCUUUGUAAAGCGGCAUGCUUCACAAGGCAAAUGUGACCAGGACACUUUGUAUGUACAUUUUAGAUUAGGUUUUAUUGAAGUAGUUAUUCAUUGUAUUUGUCUUUUUAUAUUUGAGAUUUUCAUGGUUGAGAUUUUCAGAGGGGUUGGCUAGCGCGACAGGGUGUUUGUGUCCUUAAUUUUAAAUAAAGAUGAUAGAAAUGCAAACAA